AUGACAUAUUCAAGACCGAAGAAUGACCCUGACUCCAACACUUACAAUCUCAGAUGGAGAAAACACCCUAAUUUCUCAUGGGGUGGGAACCAAAGCAUGAAUUGCAAUAAUCAAGGGAGUGGCAACUAUGGAGGUGCUAGUGGGAGCCAAGGCUUCCAAGGAAACAAUGGCGAGACUAAUGGAAGUUAUGGUGGCAAUACUUAUCCUAAGCCACCUUAUCAAGUAAGACCUCCUUUUCAAACUCCUAAUACUCAAGUGUCGCAUCCUCCUCAAGUGGAUGCUCCUAAAUCAAGCCUUGAAAAGAUGCUUGCCAAGGUUUUGGCAAAUCAAAAUGAGCUUAUUCAAAGUGUUCGAAAUGAUGUGGCCUCCACUACUCAAGUAUUGCAUAAGCUUGAAGCGCAAAUGGAGCAAUUGACUAAUGAGAUGAGAGAAAGGAAGCAAAGAGAAUUGUCUUCCAUUACCGAGAAGAAUCCACGAAUCAACCAAGUCAAGGCCAUAACAACUUUGAGAAGGGGGAAGGUAUAUAUGACAGCUCCUAAUGAUGACGAUGAGGAGGUGGAACAUUUGUUGAAUCCUAAAGUCUCAAAGGUGCCUCCCGGGUUUCAAAAGAAGAACAAAGGCAUUGAUGAGUAUUUGAAGAGCCAAGGCAAGUCCAAGACCAAGAGUGACAAUAUGAGAGCAAGUGGGUCUAAGUCUAGUGUGGAAGAAAUGCAAGAAGAAGCGUUAUUUCCCUUUCCACAAGCGGUAUACCAAGAGAAGGCUUUGAGUAAGAAAGAGAAGAAGUCAAUUGAGUGUUUUGAUGUGUUCAAGAAUGUGGAGGCCAAUAUUCCUCUUCUUGAUGCAAUCAAGACCAUUCCUUCUUAUGCUAAAUUUCUCAAGGACAUGUGCACUCACAAACGGUAUAAGAGUACAUUAAAGAAUGAUGACAAUAUUGGUGAGAGACCAUUUGAGAAGGCACUCCUGGAUUUGGGGGCUAGCAUAAAUUUGAUGCCCUAUGGUGUCUACAAAGAUCUUGGGUUGAGCGACAUCAAGCCUAUACAAAUUUCUCUCCAACUAGCCGAUAGAAGUGUAAGGUAUCCAAGACGAGUUGUGGAAGAUGUGUUGGUGCAAGUUAACGAGUUGGUCAUACCGGCUGAUUUCGUUAUUCUUGAAAUGGAGGAUAUUUACCAAGAUUAUCUCCAUAUUAUCUUUGGUAGAGCUUUUAUGGUCACAGUGGGGACAAAGAUUGAUGUGAAAUUGGGUUUGCUCACCAUGACCGUGUAUGACACCACAAUUGGGUUCAAGAUCUUUGAUGAAUUAAAGAAACAUAUGAGGUUGCAAAAAGUUUACUCUAUUGAAGUGGAGGACAAGAUUGAUGACUUGGUGGAGCACACUUUUCAUGAGACUUCAUCAAAUGAUGCAUUUGAGUCGGCACUAGCACAUUUUGGGAUGAAUUUUUGUGAGGAUGAAACUAUGGAUGCCGGAGAUCACCUUGACAUUUAUCUUGCUUUGCCUUUGCCCAUAAAAGAAGAUGGUUACUAUUCAAGAGAUGAGACUUGUGAGGUGCAUGCCACUAUCAAUUAUCUCUCAAUGAAUGCUAAUCCUUCGGUUUUGAGUUCGGCCCAUAUAGAAUUGAAGUCUCUUCCAUCGCAUUUGAAGCAUAAGGGUGGUUUUGGAUGGAAGAUUAGUGACAUAAAGGGGUUGAGUCUCAAUCUUUGCAUGCACCAUAUUUACAUGGAGGAUGGAGCAAAACCAAGAAGGGAAGUUCAAAGAAGAUUGAACCCCAACAUGUUAGAGGUGGUGAAGAAUAAGAUUAUUAAGCUCCUUGAUAAUGAAAUCAUCUAUUCUAUCUCUGAUUCCAAAUGUGUGUCUCCAAUACAAGUGGUGCCCAAGGGGAUUGAAGUAGAUAAAGCAAAAGUUGAAAUCAUUGAGAAGUUGCCUCCUCCCGUGAAUUUAAAAGGUGUAAGAAGAUUUCUUGGGCAUGCCGGUUUUUACCGAAGGUUUAUAAAAGAUUUAUCCAAGAUAGUGAAGCCUCUUUGUGAUCUAUUGGCCAAGGAGACUUCAUUUCUAUUUGAUGAAGCAUGUUUGAAGGCAUUUGAGAGGAUAAAAGAGUUGCUUACCAAUGCUCCUAUUAUUUGCUCACCGGAUUGGACUCUCCCAUUUGGAAUUAUGUGUGAUGCAAGUGAUUACACCUUAGGAGCAGUGUUGGGACAACGUAAGGAGAAACUCUUGCAUGCCAUCUACUAUGCAAGUAAAAUCUUGAAUGAUGCCCAAGUAAACUAUACUACCACCAAGAAAGAGUUAUUGGCAAUGGUAUUUGCCUUAGAAAAGGUUGGCAAUAUUUCCUCAAGAGACCAAAUGCAUUUGAACUAUAUGCUUGAAGUGGAGAUAUUUGAUGUAUGGGGCAUAGACUUUAUGAGACAUUUCCCAAGUUCAUAUGGCUAUCUCUAUAUCCUUGUGGGAGUUGAUUAUGUAAGCAAAUGGGUUGAGGCCGUGGCCACCAAGAUAAACGACCACAAGGUUGUGCUCAAGUUCCUUAAAGAGAACAUCUUCACAAGAUUUGGCACACCUAGAGCAAUAAUUAGGAUGGAGGCUCCCAUUUUAUCAACAAGCCAUUUGCGGCCUUAUUGA